AUAUGCGGAGUCCGCAAAACCCCGAAGUAGGGUUCUAGCUUCUGUUCAGAUUCUCAAGAAGGAAGAGUUGUGGGGGAUGAAUCCGACGAGAAGGGAGAACAUGGGGCGUAGGGUUCCAUUGGCCGGAAUGGAGACCUCUAUCAUGGCUACCCACGCAGUAGAAUUCAUUGAUGUUUCUGUUCCUUCUCCCUCAUUCAGAGAUGGCGCUGUUGCUUCACAAGCUACCACCUCAUUGACAGAGGACCAUGCCUCCUGCGUUGUCGUAGGAGAUCCUCCAACCCAUCUCAUCUGGAGGAUUCGGAAGAUUCUACCUCGUGCACUCGAGUUCUUUGAGUUUUCAACUGCCAACGAAUUUCGUAGGGUUGGCCUGCGAAUUUCUUUUCCGGAUACACUUCACCCAGCCGUGUUUGUUUGCAAAAAUGAGAUUUCUCCGUCUUCCCUACAUCCUCUCUUGGUGUACGCAGUGACCUUGUCUGGAGUUGCAUAUUGUUUGAAGCUGAGAAAUAUUUCCUCGUACAUAUCCUGCUCUGAUAUCCCUCUUGAUGAGGUUGUGGAGCUUGAUCUGCAAACCGAUCCUAACUGCAAACCAGUGACCAGCGUAUCAGCUAUAGCUGGAUGUCUCGUGAUUGGGAGAAAUGAUGGAUCAGUUUCAUGUUUCAAACUUGGGUUGCUUGACCAACACACCCCUGGCUUUGAACAUGAACUACGGGAUGAUUCUGGAAUCAAUCGUCUAUUGGGUUUCAUUUCAAGGGUCAAGUUGGUAGGAGCCGUGCUAGACAUGGUAAUAUCUCAGGUUUAUGGAAGGCAAUUUUUGUUUGUUCUUCAUUUCAAUGGAGUCUUACGAGUGUGGGAUCUUUCAUGUCAUAGUAGGGUACUUAAUCACUCCAUGAAUAUUGCAACUAUGGCAGGAGCUAAGUUUGCGAGGUUGUGGGUGGGUCAAGCAAGCAUCGAUAUGAGUACAAUUCCUUUGGCGAUUUUGUAUAAACACCCGGAUCUAAGCCUGGAAACGAUCUACAUAUAUAGCUUACGUUUUAGUUGGGGAGACAAGGUCAGUCUGAUGUUGGAGCCUUCAACACACAAUAUUCCCUUGGAUCAGGGUGGAUGUCUUGAUGUCAAACUUGCAUCUGAUAAGAUAUGGGUCUUAAAGGAUAACGCGUUGAUCUUUCUCGAUUUGUUACCUUCUGAUGAUCGUGUGGGAGAAGCACAAUGCUAUGCUUUGCAAGAAGAGUUUAUUGCAGACCAACUAUUUCAGAGUGUUGAUUAUUCUUCUGAUGCGAUUCUUUGGGUUACGCAUUCAAUAUUUUCUUCUACAAAGGACGAAGUUGUGCCAUUUAUAUCUACUAUAUUCAUACGCAGACUACUACAGCCUGGGGUUUACAAUGAAAUGGCUCUUCGAGCUACUUUGCUGGAAUAUAGUAGGCAUUGGACAGAUUCUAACUUUCGAUCUAUGACCUCUGAUGAACUUAAACAAGAAAUUAUUUCUCUCAUUGAAGAAGAGGGAGCAACUGCAACUCCAGUUUCAAUAUACCUUUGGUGGAAAAAUUUCUGUACCCACUACAUCCAUCACUGGUGCACAGAGAAUGCACCUUCAUUUUUACUUGUUGACAAUUCAUCGGCUGCUGUGGGGUUAGUCAGAAGGAAUUCGGUAUCACUUUUUAGAUGCUUGGACAAUGUUGAGCAACUUUUAGAUGGUUUUUCUGGGGAACUUGACGAACUUGGAGGCCCUGACAUCGAUUGGAUUGACAAUGAUUCAGAUUCAGAACUGUUGUUAGAGGUCUUACGAUGUGUUAUUAGUAUUAGCCGUAGGUUGGGAAAAACUGCUUUAGCUAUUUUUUAUGAGUCACUAAUGAGCAAACCGAUUAUCCCUUUUGGAGAAGUUGUUUGUAGAAUUUUGAAGAUUCUAGAAAAUGGAUAUAGCUCAUCCGUUGUAAUGAUUAAAAGGUCAGAUCUUGAAGUCGGCUGCAGUUCGGAAAGGGAACUCACUGAUAAGAAAAAUCUUCGAAAAUUUUCUAUUGAAAUGAUGCUAUCUCUUCAUGCCUUGUGCAAAAAAGGUGCCACAUGGGGCAGGGUUUUAGAUGUCAUUGAGAGUUUUCUCAAAUAUUUUGUUCCUCGUAAGAUGGCUCACAAGGUAGAGGCUCAAACAUCAUCAGAUGCCAAUACAUCCAUCUUGGUUCAAGCCACCACCCAAAUUGCAAAGGUUAUGCUUGAGUCAGCAUUAGACGUCCUGUUGUUUCUAAAUUAUAUGGUCUCCAUCAGUGGGCAGAUUGACUUACUCCACGAUGAUACAUCAAGAAUAAAACUUGAAUUAAUUCCAAUGAUUGAAGAAAUUAUUUGUGAGUGGCACAUUAUUCAUUUCCUUGCCAUCACACCAUCUGAAUCAGCUGCAAUUGAGGAUUUUAGUUCUCAACUUUCACUUUUACAAAUUGAUACAAAUGGAGGUAAAGAAAUAUGGAAGGGCAAGCUUGGAAAGUGUGAUUUUACAUUGGCUUCUUUACUUCUGCUAAAGUUCCAUUCUUCAGCUCAAGGCCCCAUCUACCUGUCUUCCAAAUGUCUUCUUAAUCCGCAGGAGAUUGUUAUUGCAACACAAAAUUUUACCAGCUGGAUUAUUUGGGGGAACAGUAGAGAACCUUCGGCAUUUUUAAAUACUUCAACUGAGCUUGCACUGAUACUGCUAAGACAUGGCCAAUAUGAUGCCGUUGAGUACCUGCUCAGUGUAGUGAAGGCACAAUCACAAAAUGAGAAAACAUCACAAUGCAUGCAAGAUGCGGAUGGUGGAUGGUGUGUAAUGCAUCACCUGCUUGGUUGUUGUCAACUUGCUCAGGCACAUUAUAAGUUGCACGGAGUGCUGAAAGAGAGGAAGGUUCACGAAGCUAUAUGCAGUUUCUUCAGAGCUUCAUCUGGAAACAGAUCUUCCCAGGCUUUGCAGAGUUUGCCACACGAAGUGGGAUUUUCCUCUUUUGAGACUACUGGUUGUUUAUCAAGUAUCACAUGGAGGUUCCAUUACUACCAGUGGGCAAUGCAAUUGUUUGAGCAGUAUAAUAUCAGCAAAGGAGCUUUUGAGUUCGUUCUUGCUGCACUUGAGCUAGUAGAAGAAGCUGUAACUCCGAAAGACAAUAACUGUGGUAGACUUCCUUUCAAUGAAUCUGCCAUUUCUAUCCAAGGACGGCUUUGGGCAAAUGUCUUCAAGUUUGCUCUGGAUCUACAUCAAUUCUAUGAUGCAUAUUGUGCAAUAAUUUCAAAUCCAGAAGAGGAGAGCAAAUAUCUCUGCUUAAGGCGUUUCAUAAUAGUUAUUUAUGAGUGUCAUGACAUUAAGAUUCUUUGUUGUGGUGAAUUACCAUUCAUUGGAUUAGCAGAAAAGGUGGAGCAGGAGCUUGUGUGGAAGGCAGAACGUUCUGAUCUCUUGUCGAAGCCAAGCUUGUAUAAGUUGCUAUAUGCCUUUGAAAUACACCGACAUAAUUGGCAAAAAGCAGCAAGUUAUAUUUACCUUUAUUCAGUUCGUUUAAGAAUGGAACUUGCUCUGGGAGAUAACCAGUUCAGUUCAUCCUUGCUGCUAGAACGAUUGAAUGGGCUUUCUGCUGCUAUUAAUGCAUUGCAUCUUGUUCAUCCUGAUUUUGCAUGGAUUGAAUCCCCAGUUGAAAGAGAUGAUAUUCAGAGCAAGCACUACCCGAGUAAAAAAGCUAAAAGAACUGUUGACGAACAGUGCACAGUUGCAAAUGAUGAUAUCAGGCCUCAAAAACAGAAUUCUUUUAUCGAUAUGAAGCAACUAGAAAAUGAAUUUGUCCUAACUUCGUCAGAGUAUCUCCUUUCAGUAGCAAAUAUCAAAUGGCCAUUCACCGACUCUCGUUUGUCAGGGAUUCAUGAGGCCCCUUCAGAGUUGGUUGAUCUUUUGGUCCAGAACAAUUUUUAUGAUAUGGCAUUUACUAUUGUACUGAGAUUCUGGAGAGAUUCAGAAUUAAAGAGGGAGUUGGAAAGAGUCUUCUCUGCCAUGUCAUUGAAAUGUUGCCCUAGUAGAUUAAGUUCAUCUGGGCUUCGGAAUGAUCCAAGAACAAAUAGUCUUCUAUUGAUAUCUCCAAAUGGUGGAGAUGAUGUUCAUGGUUCACUUGAUGUGAUUCCUGUCCGUCAGCAUCUAAACGGAUAUGGCCAUUGGGAAACUCUGGAACUUUAUCUUGAAAAAUAUAAAAGUUUCAAUCCUAGAUUGCCGUUUAUUGUGGCUGAAACACUUCUUCGGACGGAUUCUAAGAUGGAAUUGCCUCUUUGGCUGGUUCUUAUGUUUAAGGAUCGUCGAAGGGCAAAGUCUUGGGGGAUGACCGGUGAAGAAUCAAAUCCUGCAUCAUUGUUUCGAUUAUACGUUGAUUAUGGUCGAUAUACUGAGGCUACACAUCUGUUGCUGGAAUGCAUGGAAUCAUUUGCAUCACUGCCACCAGCAGACAUAAUUAACAGAAAAAGACCAUUCUCUGUUUGUUUCCCCUAUACGGCUAUUCAAUACUUAUGGUGCAGAAUAGAUGAAUUGGUCCGCUCAGGACACAUGGUGGAUAUUUGUGAGAAGCUGAGGAACCUAUUGCGUGGUGCUUUGUUGAAUCAUCUGAAGUUGCUUAAAGUUGAGUCAGAUGAUGUCCUUUCGGCCAUCGUUUAAGAUAUUUCGGACAACUUCCAGCAGUUUCUAUGAUGCCACGCUGUGGAAUGGGUCAGUUCUGAUCACCCGAAGGAGCUGGUUUGUAAGCUUAGAACCUGUUCCAAAUAUCUAGGCCGAUGACAUACUCUCUGCUGUUGUUUAAGAAAGCUCAUAAGAUUGGUGAACAGGUUGGAUGUUGUCCAAAAAAGCAAGCUCCCAGAGAUGCCAUGGUUAUCCUCAGAUUGGGGCGGCUUGCCAUUGGGUAAUGGUCACUUCACUCGUAUAUCCCAUGAUUUCUUCAUUUGUUUACGACAUUUUAAUGAUGUAAUCAUAGACAAGGAAGUUUAUGAUGCUUCCACCAGUAAGUAAUGACAUUUAGAUGUUGAUAGUCUCAAGUGCUUUUUGCAAGAAAUGUAGAAUAUUAAAAUAUUUUGGGUGUUCUGGUACCUUAAAUGCCAAUAGUUAUUUUCAAAAAAUAAAAUAGUUGUGAAUAGUUUUGGAUGAAA